ACGGAAUUUACCGCUGUAACGAACUGCCACAACCUCGGUCGUAGCGCACAUGCACAGUAUAGCUUGUCAUAUUUUGACGAUUGCACCAUAGGCAAUAUUUGUAAUCCGCCAAUCGAGCAAUUCAGAGAAUGUCAUCCGAGUUUGUCAGGGAAGACGCAAGCACCUCUUCUUCGAGUGUUUUCGGUGGAACGAGAGCAACGGGGAGAGCUUCUUCGGCGCGUUCAUCGCUACUUCCGCAAACUAGUUCAAUGACAACCGGACCGGAUACGAACCUCUUCACGCAGGAUGGGAACGCGGUAAAGUUUUUCAUUCAGAGGGAUACCGGAGAGGCGUUCGUUCAAUGGUUGUCGACGUUGAUCACUGAACACGGAGGACAGGUGGUUGAUGUCGUUCCUCAAGAGGGUUAUGUCCUCAUCGACCCAGACAGUCUCAAAGGCAGAAGUUUGAUGUCUAAAUGGUCAAAUCCAGAAAAGCCCAAACGAUUUGUCCUCUGCUUCACCUUCGUUCGCGCGUCUAUCGUUGCAGGGGAGAUGCUAGAACCAGUGGAGAUGCAUCACGCGAGAGUCAUCUUUCAGCAUGAAGGUUCACCGGUCCAAAUUUGGCUUCAUCCCGCUAUUGACAAAGCUACGGCUAAACGUCUCGCCAUUCAGAUCGAGAAAGCAGGUGGCCUGACUGAAACAACAGAAUAUGAAGCACGAGUAAUCGUUACACCAUCGAGAUCCAUGGGCUCCGAGCUAUAUCGGCAGAUGAAGUCGAAGUAUAGGGGUGAACCAGACAAAUUUAUUGAGAAAACUGAAUGGGUUGAACGAAGCCUUCUUGAUCGUGUUUAUCAACACACAGCCAGUCUAGCACCACAAAGGACUCGAUUCUCGGUUGAAGACGACGUGAAUUUGAUCAAUUAUAUAGCCAUGAGGGUACCAAUUGCCAGUUAUGGUGGUCGAUGUGGUUUCGGUCUUUACCAGGAAUUAUGUGAUCGGGUAAGUUCAAAAAUCCGUUUCCGUUUUACUUGGAGAAUAUAACGACUGGGGGUUGGGGUUAUAGACAGACGUGUUUCCGUGGGCAGCUCGGCAUACAUGGGAUUCAUGGAGGUUCCAUUACAAGUCACGUCGAGUAUACUUCGACUUGGAGAUCAAGAAAGUGGUUGAUAAGGUUGGGGUGAAUCCAAAGACUCAAUAUAAGUACGCUCGUCUCGAGAAUGUUCCGGCGCGAGGUAAGAGAAAGCGCUGAGGACAUACAUGGCCUGUCAGAAUAAAUACACUAUCCAUGCUGGGAUGACUUCCAGCUGAUGGCAUUGUUUCACUGAGGAAGCGUUGUGCGUUUCGUCCCAUGUUACGGAAAUAUGUGCCUCGCAUUCGGUUUACAAUGUGAGAUGAUGG